AUGCUAGUUGAGGUUCUUGACGGAAUAGGCGGCAGCUUGGUUUACAUAGAAAAGUCUGCGUACACAGAAGAAAGCCCGGCCAUUGCGCAGCUGCUAAAGAAUCCGCACAGAAUAUAUGCGGAGGAGCACUACACAAUAAUACGGCUGGCCAACUUGUUCAGAACGCCGGAAAUAUCCUCGUUGGAAAUGGAAAUCAACAGCGACCUGGAGGGGCGCAUGAAACGCAUGCUCAAACAGAUUUCCUGCAUGUGCGGCUGCUCCGUCGUGGAAAACAAAAGCGCGCUGCGGCUGCCCUCGGACGGGUGGGAGGAGCUGGUGGACAUGUGGUCUUGCCACAACAGAGAGUUUGCGCAUUUGGCAGAGCGGGAAAUUAGGCCAAAAAAGGACGGAGUUCUUUACUCGACGCUUCACUUGCUAAUAGAGCCUGAGCGUGCCCCAAAGUGUCUGAAGCCCUGCGAAAGCACCUCUGGGCCCAGCGCUGCGGCUUCAAAGCCAGCAAAGCUGUUCUACAACCAGAUGCAGCUCCCUGUUCCGGACGAGUAUCUUCUUUUCCACUAUGUGUACGACCUGUUUCAGACCAACAAGGAGAUUUCGGUGGGAGACACAUACACAAUAUGCCUCCUGGACACCACACACACGUAUGCAGGCGAGUUGACAAUGGAUCCAGUUUUUUCGCUCUCUAUGAAAAUAGGGUAUGCGCACAUAGAAAAAACUGCGGCAAAUAAGUGCGCCGUGGCUACGGAAGAAAACGCCCACAUAAACGAGCACUACACCGAAAAGCUAAUAGAAAUCAUGCACAGAAACAGCAUAAAGGUGGAAAUGAACGGCAGGCCUGUCACGUUCAUUCGCAGAGUGCUUUUUUAG